UCUUUCCAUUACAGAAUCGUAAAAUACCACAAAAUCCAAGAUGCGUCUAACCAAUGCUUUGAAUGGCCAACAUUUUGGUAACCUUGCCAAGGUCCAUGGUAUUGUCACAUACAAAAUUUCCCCCUUUGAGCAACGCGCUUUUGCUGGCGCCAUCAGCCAGGGUGUACCUAACAUUUUCCGUCGCAUCCGCUCAAACAUUUUCACUGUAGCUCCACCUUUCAUUAUUGGCUACUUGAUCUACAACUUGGUUGAAGCUGAGCAUCACCAUUUGAGCCGCAAGAACCCAGCUGAAUUCGCCAAUGACGAAUAAAAGAUGUUAUUAUUGUAGAAUUCAUCUCCCCCGAUAGUAUAAUUUACAAAAUAAAAU